AUGCAGGUUUGUUCUCUCCCAUCCCAUCCCAUCCCAGACAAGUGCAGUCCAGUGCAGUCCAUCACCGUAUCUUGUCCACUGGAACAAAGGAAACCGUACGCAAGAUCAAAAUGUGGAGCUGACGCUUUGGCCUAUGUCCCGCAAAGACGAUGCGACCGGCUCAAUCAACCUUGCGGGUACAGCCCGAUUUCUCAGCGUCGUACUCGUGAUGAACAGCUGCAGGAGCUCCAGGACCGAUUGGCCAAGACCGAAGCUCAGCUCGCUCUUGAAACCCCGCGGCCGAGGACAGGUUCUAUGACCUCACAUUUACAGCCACCAUCGACCACUACUGCACCCGCCCUGCCAUCACGUUGGCCAGAUGCUCUGGGCUCUAUCACGCCAGGUACCAGCACACAGUACCAUCUUGCCACUACAGCAUCAUCACGUGUAUCCAGUGUCCCCGGAUCUGCAGGUCCGUCGACUGGCCGUAACCCCAUGGAGCUAGACAUUCACAGAAACAUGGGUACGGCUAUCGAUCUGCCGACUAACAGCUCACCCAUGCUAGAUAUUGAUCUGUUUAACCCAGGAGCCGAUUCAAAUAUGGCCUUCGAUUGGUGCAAUCAGCUAACAGCCCUGGAACCACUCGAUAACAUACUCCUCACUCGCUUAUCGCCGCGAUCUUUGGCCCAUAGCGGCACCGAAGAGGAAAUCUCGCACGCAGAACUAAGUGCACUGCACAAGUACUACUUUGAAUCCAUUUACUUCUCCUUUCCCUUCUUAAACCAGGAUCGCUUUGCGGCAGAAUCAAUGGGAGGCGGUCUAGCUAUAAGCGCCCUCAUUUACUCAGUAGCACUCGCUGGAUGCGCUCACUCAUCCACUUCUCAGAACAAAGAGUCGGCUUGCUACACCUUGGCAAGGAACUAUGCAGAAAAGUGCGAAAGAGAUGGCCAGUUAAACGAGCUCAAUUUGCUGCAGGCCCUACUAUUUAUCGGGAGAUAUGAGGCUAUGGCCGGGAAGCUCGAGAGGAGCUGGAUGACACUGGGACGUGCUGUGAUGUUAUCCAGGCUGCUGGGACUGCCUUGCAUGGAUAAAAGAAAUGAAAGCGAUGGAUUGCAGGACUCUCAAAGUCAUGAUGGCUCUGGCCUGAACCUGCCUGAAACGACUGAUCAGGUUCUGUUAGAGGAACGAAGAAGGACCUUCUGGGCUUUGUACAUAUUGCUCAGUUAUGUCAAAACACGUACCGGAUGGCAAUGCAUGCUGGGCGACAUAAAGAAAUUUCACAUUAACCUCCCAUCACCAGGGUUACUGAGAUCUGAUCUAGUCCCGCUCAGUAUGCCUUAUCUCUCAGAUAUAGAGCUCGAGCCUAGCACCGAGAUCUCAUCUUAUGCAGGAUGCGUCCUGAUGGUAGAGCUGGCCCUGCGCUGUUUUGACCACGGGCAAAAGCGGACUUCGGAGAGCUUCUGGGAUGGCUACUGCGAUCUUGUGAAGAAGACAGACGUCCUUUUCGGAAUGCUGAAACGUCACCUCAACGCUACGUCUAUCCGGGAGGACCCUGUCGCCUUCAGCCUGUAUCUGAAUCUUCGCGCAACGGAGAUCUUUUCCCAUGAGUCGGCGAUUGCCCGGAGCGAAGAGCAAGGUCUGCCACCGUUGAUGACGGCUGAGAGUCAACGCCGUGCCACAGCAGCUGCUUUUCAGAUAUCAACUGCAGUGCGCCUGAACCUCCCCUCACCGUGGAAGGCUGACAGCGACAUCAUCAUGUUGCAGGCCAUAUUUAUUGCAUGGCCGCUGACCAUGGCUCUGAAGGCCUUCCACCGCGAGCUGAUGCAUGGGGGUAGUCGCGAUAGUAUCAACGGUGUUGUCGCAUCGUCAAGGUUACUGUUUGCCGCUCUGGGCCAUAUUGAGGAGUCGGGCGGACAUUGGCAUCGAAGUGUUGCACAAGUGGAGAGAAAGCUUCAGGAAUGGGAAGAGAAGAACUCCUUUAACUCACUUACGCUAUGA